AUAAGUGAAUUAUCCAAAUUCGGGUCACCCUUUUCUGUGUCGAUAAAGAUGUUCUAAAGAAUAAUGGAAAGCCCCUUAUAUUCCAAGAUUCGCCCGACCCGGGAGGCAAAAGUGUUCACAACAAACACUCUUCACUCUCUCUUGAAUCUCCCCCGCACGGCCGCCUAAGCAUUGGGCCGUUCGGUCUACUCCAGUGCGUAGUACAGCAGUUGAGCCAGAGAGCUCCCGAGAAUCAAACGAGUCUCUGUAACCUGAAAUUUCUGGGGAGGGUAUAGAAAUGGCGAACCCUCAGAAGCCAUGGAAGGCGGAGUACGCCAAGUCCUCUCGAUCCUCCUGCAAAACCUGCAAGAACCCCAUUGACAAGGAGACGCUCAGGCUAGGCAAGAUGGUCCAGGCCACCCAAUUCGAUGGCCUCAUGCCCAUGUGGAAUCAUGCUAGCUGCAUCCUAAGAAAGGCAAAGCAGAUAAAAACCACUGAUGAUGUUGAAGGAUUAGAAUCACUUCGUUGGGAGGAUCAAGAGAAGAUUAGGAAAUAUGUAGAGAGUGAUGAGUCCUCAAGUGCCCCUACCCCAGAUGCAAUGGAAUAUGGUGUCGAAACCUCUCCAACUUCUCGUGCUACCUGUAGGUGCUGCAAUGCAAAGAUUAUGAAAGGAGAGGUCCGCAUAUCAUCAAAGGCUAAAGGUCAGGCAGCCAGGUCUUUGGCAUGGCACCAUGCUAAAUGUUUCGUGGAUAUGUCUCCUGAUAUCCAAGUCGAUAAGUUGCCGGGAUGGGAGAGCCUUCCCACCAGUGAUCAGACAGCUGUUUGCUCCCUUGUUAAGAAUUCUACUGUAAAAGUUUCCAAAGAUGAACUUUUACAAGAAUCCACAUCUACAAGUGCUAAAAGGAAGCAAUCCAGCAACAAUGACCAGAAAUCAAAGCUUGCUAAAACUGAACCCGAAACUUUUGCAAGUGAUGUUGAGAAAAAAACAUCUGAAUGGGAAAGCCAACUAAAGGCACAAACCAAAGCUCUAUGGGAUCUUAAGGAUGAGUUGAAGAAGCACGUGAGUACAGCAGAAUUACGUGAGAUGCUUGAAUGCAAUGACCAUGCUUCCACAGGAUCGGAACUUGAUUUACGAGAUAGAUGUGCUGACGGGAUGCUUUUUGGAGCGCUCACUAGAUGUCCAAUUUGUUCUGGUCACCUUUCUUAUUCAGAAGGCAAGUAUAAGUGCCAUGGCUAUUCAUCAGCAUGGAGCAAGUGCUCGUACUCUACAACUGAACCUAAACGUGUCAAUGAGAAGUGGAAAAUCCCUGAAGGGACCAGUAAUGAGUAUCUACUCAAGUGGUAUAAGUCACAAAAGACAAAGAAGAUGGCUAGAAUAAUGCCGCCAUCUUCAUGCACCUCACCAUCUACCAGCAAAGCUAUGAACAAAAUGGGCGAGUCAAUUGAAGGUGAUAAUUUAGGAGACCUAAAAGUAGCUUUUGCAGGAAUGGGCAGUGACUCUAUGGCAGAGUGGAAGAAAAAAGUUAAGGAAGCGGGUGCUCUAGUUCAUGCCAAGAUAAAGAAAGACACAAGCUGCUUAGUUGUGAGUGGAAUGCUGGAGAGCAGUGAUGCUGAGAUAAAGAAGGCAAGGAGGAUGAAACUGCCUAUUGUUCGGGAGGAUUAUUUAGUGGACUGCUUUGAGAGGAAGAAAAAACUUCCUUUUGAUAUGUACAAAGUAGAAGCUAUUGGAGAGUCACAUAGUGUGGUUACUGUCAAAGUGAAAGGGAGGAGUGCUGUACACGAGUCAUCUGGUUUACAAGACUCUGGGCAUAUCCUCGAGGCUGGAAAUAGCAUCUAUAAUACAACUUUAAGUAUGUCUGAUCUUGCAUCUGGUAUCAAUAGUUACUAUAUUCUUCAAAUCAUUGAGGAAGACAAAGGAUCAGAUUGCUAUGUGUUCAGAAAAUGGGGACGUGUUGGAAAUGAAAAAAUUGGAGGAAUCAAACUUGAUAACAUGCCAAAGUCAGAUGCCAUAUUAAAUUUCGAGCGCUUGUUUCUUGAGAAGACUGGCAAUUCAUGGGAAGCAUGGGAAGGAAAAGUAGAUUUUCAGAAGCAACCUGGCAGAUUUUAUCCAUUAGACAUUGAUUAUGGAGUUGAUAAAAACAUACAGGGCUGCUAUGAUGGAGUUCCAGAUCAAUUUGUCUGAAAUGCCACUAGGAAAGCUGAGCAAGAAUAAUAUACAAAAAGGUUUUGAGGCAUUAACGGAGAUUCAAAAUUUGCUAAUAAAGAACAAUGUUGAUC